UUUUUUUCCUUUCUCUUUCUCAUUCCACAGCCAACAAAGCUGACUUUACAUAGGAAAAACACGGCUCUCUCCUCUUGCAGUUGAAUGGAAAUAAAAGGGAUUCUGUGACCUUGGAAGAUGAAGAUGUUGUUGCCAUGGGAACUCUUAAUCCUGCUGUCACUCAAGAGCUGCCUAGCAGAGCGGAUUGUUCGUCAUGGACCAGUGUUCACUCAAGAGCCCAGCGACAGUGUUUUCCCUUUAACUGCUGAGGACAACAAGAUAUUCAUUAACUGCAAAGCCAAGGGAAGCCCAGAGCCACAUUACAGGUGGAAAUUCAGCGGGAAAGACCUUGACAUCGACAUGGACUUCAACUACAGUCUGGUUGAGGGAAACCUUUUGAUCAAUAACCCUCAGGCAACUAAACACAGCGGUGUUUACCAGUGUAUCGCCACUAAUGCAUUUGGAACCAUCUUGAGCCGAGAAGCCAAAGUCGAGUUUGCAUACCUGCAGAAUUUCAGCAUCAGGGCCAGAAGUCCAGUGUCAGUGAGGGAAGGACAGUCUGUUGUGCUGCUGUGUGGUCCGCCGGCCCACUUCGGAGAAAUCAGAUAUUCCUGGAUAUUUAAUGGCCGUCCGAGUGUCGCUGUUGGGGACAAUCGGCGCUUUGUGUCCCAGCGGACUGGAAACCUCUACAUCGCCAAGGUGGAGACGUCAGAUGUGGGGAACUACACGUGUGUAGUGAGAAACGUGAUGACCAACUCCAGCGUCUUCAGCUCGCCCACUCCAGUGGUGCUGCGGCGGGACGGUGUGAUGGGAGAAUACGAGCCAAAGAUUGAAGUCCAGUUCGAAAAAAUGCUCCAUGUGGCCAAAGGAUCGUCGGUCCGGCUGGAGUGUUUCGCUUUAGGAAAUCCAGUGCCUUCUAUUUCGUGGAAGAGAGCGGAUGGAAACCCUUUCCCCGGGAAAAUGAAGAUAAAUCACUCAAAUGGGGUCCUAGAGAUCCCAUAUUUCCGUCCUGAGGAUUCUGGACUUUAUGAAUGUGUGGCUGAAAACUCGAAAGGACGCAGUAUUGCGAAAGGACGGCUUGUAUUUCAAAAUGUGGAGCACCUGCAGUGGUCGCAGACUCUAUAUGAUGCAAACAUGGCCAUUGAGUCGGAUCUGCACUGGGAGUGUAAAGCCAAUGGAAAACCUCAGCCCAUUUACAGAUGGAUCAAGAACGGACAGCCUUUGGUCUCUCAGGACAGAAUUCGUGUUGAUGGUGGCAGGUUGACCAUCUCCAACAUAAACCUGGUUGAUUCGGGGAUGUAUCAGUGUUUGGCAGAGAAUGAUAAUGGAGUGAUUUAUGCCAGCGCUGAGCUCAAAGUUGUGGGCGCACCAUCUUAGAAGACGGCACUCUUAGGAUCACCAACAUUACCAAAUCCGAUGCAGGAAGGUACACCUGUGUCGCCAGAAACCCCUUUGGUACAUCCAGCAGUUCUGGGACUUUAGUGGUCAAAGAACCGACCAAGAUUACAGUCCCUCCAUUGAGUAUGGAUGCCACAGUAGGGGAGAGCAUUGUCUUGCCUUGUGAAGUAUCCAAAGACUCCACUCUACACCCCGUCUUCAAGUGGUUCUUUAACGGGAAGCUCAUCGAUUUCAGUCGACACGAUCACUUAGGGAUGAUUGGAGGGGGAUCGUCUGGGGAUCUGAUGAUCAGAAACGUGCAGCUGAAGCACUCUGGGAAGUACGUCUGCAUGGUUCAUACAGCAGUGGACAGCGUGUCUGCAGCGGCAGAUUUAAUAGUCAGAGGGCCCCCCGGUGCUCCAGUGGGCGUGUUGGUGGGGGACGUCACAGACAGGACGGCUCAGCUCUCUUGGGGCCAUGGAUCUAACAACCACAGUCCCAUUACCCUCUACAUCGUGCAAGCCAGGACUCCAUUCUCUAUUGGAUGGCAGGCGGUCAAAACCGUUCCUGAUUCUGUGCCUGGACAGAUGAUUCAUGCGACGGCGGUGAAUCUCAAUCCGUGGGUAGAUUAUGAAUUUAGAGUCGUGGCUAUUAACAGCGUGGGGGUUGGGGAGCCCAGCGUGCCAUCCAAACCCGUUCGCACCAAAGCUGCAGAUCCUGAAGUGGCUCCAGCUAACGUUAGCGGAGGCGGAGGCAGCAGAGGCGAACUCGUGAUUGUUUGGGAGCCUGUGCCCGAGGAGCUACAAAAUGGAGAAAAGUUUGGAUAUGUGGUGGCAUUUCGUCCGCUUGGCACUACCACCUGGAAACAAAGCGUUCUGGCCUCAGCCGAUUCAUCACGAUACGUUUAUAAAAACGAUACUUUCCCACCCCUCACUCAGUUUGAAGUAAAAGUUGGCGUCUACAACGACAUCGGAGAGGGGCCGUUUAGCCCCACGGCCCUGGUAUAUUCAGCAGAUGAAGAACCAUCAGCAGCUCCUCCGAGAGUCUGGGCCCGCACUCUGUCCGCGUCUGAGAUCGAGGUAUUUUGGGAACCCGUCCACCAAAGCGGCAGCAAAGGACGGAUAACAGGCUACGAGGUGCAGUGGUUAGAGGACGGGUCACCCGAGAACGAUGCAGAGAGAGUUCGAGUCACUGAAAGUUCAGUCAAUAUAACAGGUCUGAAGGGAAGUACAGUCUAUCUGGUGUCGGUCAGAGCCCACAACAGCGCAGGCACUGGACCCUCCAGCGCCCCCAUCAGCAUCACCACCAAAAAGCCACCUCCAAGUCAGCCCCCAGGGAACAUCGAGUGGAACCUGACGAACUCAAAGGUGUUUCUGAACUGGGAACAUGUGAAGGCGAUGGACAAUGAAUCAGAAGUAACCGGCUACAAGGUUGUAUACCGUCAAAACUGGCACAGGGGAAGCAGUGUAGUGGAGACCAACAGGACGUCUGUGGAGCUUCAGUUGCCUUCAGAAGAAGACCUGCUCGUUCAGAUCAAAGCCCUGAGUGACGGAGGAGACGGCAGCAGCAGCAGCCCUAUACGAAUACCAAAGAUGUCAAGCCUGAACUCGAGGGGAUACUUCAGCUCAGACGCAAGCAAGAUGGCCCAUGUUCAUGGAGUAGUGUUUCUGAUCUUGUCAUGGUUGUUGUCAUAGAACUCUGCCUUUAUUUCAGGCUGAAGUGUGUUGUUUCUGUGCCACUGACGUCACCUGCGGGACUGCAAAAAAUUGUUGUUGUCCCAAAGUCUGUUGGCUACAGCGUAGGAAAAUCAACUUGCAAUUUGCUUAAUUAGAAUCUUCGUUUUAAAAGUGCCCAACUGUGCCAUUUUAAAGGUUCCUAAUUUUUGUUUCCUCUAUAGUAGGGGUGGCCAACCCUGUUCCUGGAUAGCCACAUUCCUGCAGAUUUCACUUGCAACCCAACUCAAACACACCUGCCUGUAAUUAUCACGUGGUGUUCAGGUCCUAAUUAAUUGGUUCAGGUGUGUUUGAUAAGGGUAGCAACUGAAAUCUGCCGGAAGGAAGCUCUCCAGAAACAGGGUUGGCCACCCCUGCUCUAUAGGUUCAUUUUCACAUCAUAUGAAAAGUUCAUACAUCAACAUCAGCUCUUUUCUCAAAAUGUCUGAAACAAUUUGUUCAAGGAUCCAGUCUCUGUAAAACCCUCCUUUCUGACAGCAAACUAUGCUGUCAUUGGUUGUACUCUACUAUGAUUGGUUAGAUGACCCUACUCUGCUCUGAUUGGACAGAUUAUCCUUUUAUGUUCUUAUUGUUUAGAUGACGCUACUCUUCUCUAAUUGGUCAGUUAACUCUACUCUGAUUGGUCAGAUGGGCCCUAUUCUGAUCUGAUUGGUCAGAUGACCCUACUCUGUUUUGAUGUGCUAGAUGACCCUACUAUGCCUUGAUUGGUCUAAUGAGCCUACACAUCUCUAAUUGGUCAAAUGAUCUAGCUUUGCUCUGAUUGGUUAGAUUGUACUACUCUGCUCUAAUUGGUCAGUUGAUCCUACUCCUCUUUAAUUGGUCCGAUGACCCUACUUCUCUCUAAUAGAUCAGAUGACCCUACUCUUCUCUAAUAGGUUAGAUGACCCUACUCUUUUCUAAUUGGUCAAAUGACCCUGCUCUUAUCUGAUUUGUCAGAUGACCCUAAUUUGUUUUGAUGGGGUAGAUGACUCUAAUUUUCUAUAAUUGGUCCGAUGUCCCCACUCUUCUCUAAUAGGUCAGAUGACCCCACUCUGCUCUAAUUAGUAAAUAGAGAAAAGUAGUACCCUAUUUUUUUUUUUUUUUUUUUUAUGGGUCAAGGCACCCUGACUAUGCUACUUAUUGAUUGGUCCAAGCACCCUACGCCACCUACGAUUGGUCAGAUGAUUCUAGUUUGUCUGAUUGGUUAGAGUACUACUCUGCUCUAAUUGGCCACAUGACCCUACUCUAAACUGAAUGGUCAAAUAAAUGGUCAGAUCUGCUCUGAUCAGUUCAAUGACCCUACUCUUUUCUAAUUGGUGAAAUGAACCUACUCUUCUCUAAUUGGUCAAAUUACCCCGUUUCAUUUGAUUGGUCAAAUGCCCAGGCUGAUUCAUCUUUUAUCUGAUUGGUUAGAUUGCGCUUCUCUGCUCUAAUUGGUCAGAUGAUCCUACUCUUCUCUAAUUGGUCGUUUGACAAUUAAAUAACAAACUGAGCUUGAGUAUUAAUUGAUUGGGUAUAAAUUUGCACAGAAAACAGUAGUUCCUGUGCAAAUGUUUGAAUCAAACCAUAACAGGCCUCAAAAAAAUACGGUACUUGGGGGUCAAAGCAGACUAUGUUUGUGGUCACCCAGCGAAGAACUGAUUAUUCAAAUAUAUUUUAAAUUUGCAUACAGUUUGUUUGAAGACUGAAGACUGGAAUUAUUGACAAUUUGUUUCAGGCAAUUCACAAUCAGUUCAGAAUCUGUGCUUUUCUUAUAUAUGCUGAUUUGUUUUUUCUCAGCUGUAUUAGAGCUAUAUAACAAAUAUAACAUCCAUUAUAUGGGCACUUUUAAUAGUUAACAGAAUUAAAAUGCUUCAACCGAUUUUACAGAUUUAAAAAACAAAAUCUGGUUGGAUAUGGCUACACUUUUCCCCUUUUUUACACGUAUUGGUGACUCAGCUCCAUUGCCUUAUAUUGUGAUGGUUUUUUUUACCUCUUUGUCAAACUAUUUGUCUUUUCUAUGUAGAUUUUAUGCAAAAAAAAAAAAAAAAAUGCUGGCUUUCUCUUGUAGCUGAUAACUUUGCUUAGGUGUUCAGAAGUGAGAUUCAUAUGGAGCACAGUAUUAAAGUCCUGUAAUGCAGUAGUGACCUGGAAUGUUGGAUCUCGAAGAGAAAUCCUUGAAUUCAGAAUUAUCCCCAUGCUGUUUUUUCUUCUGCACACGUCAGUCAAUGAUGCUGUGUUUGUAUAUAUAAAAAGGCCUUUAGAUAGAUGAAGUACAUUAUGUUGUUUUGCAUAAGCCCUGAGAGAUGUCAUAGUUUCAACAUAGGCUCAUUCUGAAAACGUAGCCAUAUUUAUGUCUCUGGAGAUUGCGAAUUACAUAGCCAGAGCUACCUAUGGUUGUUUAGACCAAACGCUACGCAUCGGUAUGACACCAUUCCUUUUGGGGUUUACCAGCUGACUGCUUACCUCCAUAUGGAUGGCUUUCCUACUGUUACCAGUUUGUCCAGUAGUUCGCCAUGUACGUUGGCAGACCUGAGAAAGGAAUUGACCAUGAGGUUCAUGUCCGGUGAAGAACGGUUCCAGAUAGCAGGUAAGACAAAAACAGAAGCCAAAAAAAAUUAAUAAACAAGUAAUUAGCAAGGUAAGGAUUUGGUAACAUCUGGAAAUGUAGUAAAAAUCAGGCAAGGGCUUUUCUUUUUCUGGAUUGCUUUUUAAAACUGUCAGUUGGUUUUAGGGAAGUGGGUGGAUGGGUCAAUCGGUGCUUUUGAAAACACUAUUGGUUGGGUUUAAAGAAUGAAGAGGGUGGGUCAGGGAAUCGCUCAAUCUGUCAACAAGUCGACAGUGGCCUCUGGUGGAUUUACGUGUGAAUAGCACGCACUAAUGGCACUCGCGAGAGAAAUUUGAGAUCUGAAAAGCGUACACAUCGGCCUCUGGUGGAUUCGUGAAAACAAAAACUGCAAAAAUAAAUGUAGCUCCUGGACCGUAUUUAGCGCUCUCCAAAAAUGUAUGUAGGGGUACGUAAUCAGAAUGAGCCUGGGUUGCAUUGUUUUGAUGAAUAACGGCAGUUUGGUUAAAUACAUAGUUUCUACAGUAGAUAAUUAUUGCUGCUAGUUAUUAUACGUCAUUUGAUGAUUUCAGGUUUAAAUUUUGUUUCUUUAAAUUCAAUGCAUAACCGUUUAUUCUUUUUCCUCGUUUUCUUAAAAAAAGAGAUGCUUUACCAUGUUUGUUCAUGUAUGAAUCAUUCUAGGAAUAUCUGCAUUUAUAUGCUGAGACCAAGAUCACAUAUCAUAUGUCUAAAAGAAAUGUUCUGUAUUUUUUUUGUAUUAUUAUUAUUGAAUUAUUAAUAAUUGGAUUAUUUUAAAAUCAUUUACUAUUUCAAUCAAUUAUUACUUUUAUUUAAGUUUAAUGUCUUAAUAUUAUUUUUUAUAUAAUUUAUCAUCUUGUAGUCCCCACAUUUUUGCCUCAUUUUGAAAUUUACCAUUUAGAAAAAUGCAAAUCAUUCAUAUAUUUUUUUUAAUUUAUUCUAAGCAUUUUUGCUAUUUAAUACCACUUAUUACUUAUUUAUAAUUUGUUAUCUUCAGAGUAUUGACCAAGAAACCUGAUCAGCUGAAUUAUAAAAAAACCAUCAUUUACAUUUAUUUUAUAAUCAUUUUAUUUUUUACAAUGUAUCACCUGACAGUACCCCCAUUUUUUGCCUUAGUUUACAAUUUUGCAUUUUAUAAAUGUAACAUGUUGUGGUGUUUCCUUUUGCUGUUAUGUAAGCAUUUUUUGAGCUAUUUAAUACGUUUGUAUUAAUCCUGUACAAUCUCCGAGAGAUCAAAUAAAUACCAUUUCAUAUUGAAAUGUA